CACCAAGGAAGAUGUCUUUGUUCACCAGGCCCCACCCCAGACCUACUGAAUCAGACUUGGGGGAGAGGCGGCAAUCUUUUAACGAGCGCUCCAGGUGAUUCUGAUGCCCGCCACAGUUUGAGAACCACUGCUUUGGUGGAAAGAGCUCUCAGUGGGAUCGAGACAGCGAUUAAAAGAAACAACCCCAGGAAGUUCCUGCGCAGCGUUGGAGACGGGGAGACUGUGGAGUUUGAUGUCGUGGAAGGAGAGAAGGGUGCAGAAGCUGCUAAUGUAACUGGGCCUGGGGGGGUGCCAGUGAAGGGUAGCCGCUAUGCCCCCAAUCGACGUAGGUUCCGCCGAUUUAUCCCCCGGCCUCGCCCGGCUGCCCCACCACCCAUGGUGGCAGAGGCUCCAUCAGGUGGGACAGAAGCAUGCAUCGAAGGGGAACGAGCUGAAGACCCUGGGCAGAGGCCCAGACGACGGCGCCCACCGCCCUUCUUCUACCGACGGCGCUUUGUGCGAGGCCCAAGGCCCCCCAACCAGCAGCAGCCUAUAGAGGGCACUGAUGGGGUUGACCCUAAAGAGACAGCCCCAUUGGAGGGGGACCAACAGCAGGGAGAUGAGCGGGUUCCCCCACCCAGAUUCCGGCCCAGAUACCGAAGGCCUUUCCGCCCCAGGCCACCCCAGCAGCCUACCACAGAAGGUGGGGAUGGCAAGACCAAGCCCAGCCAAGGUCCCACUGAUGGUUCCCGGCCUGAGCCCCAGCGCCCACGAAACCGCCCCUACUUCCAGCGGCGACGGCAGCAGCCCCCUGGACCCAGGCAGCCCACAGCCCAGGAGACCUCAGCCCCCAUCAACAGUGGGGACCCCACCACCACCAUCCUGGAGUGAUUCCAACUCAAGGACACCCAGAACUACCAUCUGGUAUCUGCCAGGUUUUCCAACUGACCUGCACCCUACCCAGCACCCCCUCCCCCUUUCCCAUAUUCAUGACAUCAAAACACUGGCUUUUCCCCCUUUUCCAUGAGACUCAGGAGGGCCAAAGCAACAGCUUUUUGCUUUUUUUUCUCUCUCCCCUACCAAGGGUUGAAGGAAGGGAUCCAUCCUUUUUGUUCAGAGGCAUCAACUCCCUCCCCUAAAUCAGGCUGAGAAGGAACCAGCCAGCUCUUACCUCCUCCUGGUUGUUUUUCUUUCCCACCCCAGUUUAUUUUUUGUUUCCCCUCGACCCCCUACCUCUGAAGCCAUUUUAUGAACUGUCAUGUGCCACCUGAGCCUCCAGUAAAAACAAAAACAGGCUU